AUGUAUCGCACGUCUGGAGAGAACUGGAACUCGGUUCCUGAGCGGAGGACGAGCCUGCAGAUCUCACACCUGCCAACAACUCACUCACUCGCAGCCACAAUGGCCAAGUUCCUGACCCAGGAUCAGAUUAAUGAGUUUAAAGAGUGUUUCUCUCUCUACGACCGACAACGUAAAGGGAAGAUCGGAGCCCAGGAGCUGAUCACUGUGAUGCGCUGCCUCGGCUCAAGCCCCACCCCCUCUGAGGUCCAGCGCCACCUGCUGAGCCACAGCAUAGAUCGCAGCGGAGAGCUGGACUUUUCCACUUUCCUGACUAUCAUGCACCGGCAGCUCCAGCAGGAGGCGCCAGAGGAGGAGAUCCUGGAGGCUCUGAGGAUGGCCGACAAGGAGCAGAAAGGCUUCGUCCGAGCGUCCGAGCUGCGAGCGACGCUCACCGGCCACGGAGAGAAGCUGACCCACAAGGAAGUGGACGAGCUGCUGAAGGAGGCGGGCGUCGGGGCGGACGGCCGCGUCCACUGUGAGCAGUUUGCUAAAGCAGUGACGCACUCGUCUGUGAAGCGCUGA